AUGUUCUUGCUGAGUGGUGACGAAGGUAUGGACUUUGAUCAAAUAUCCAAGUCAUUUCCAAUAACCUCCCAAGGUGCUGAAAAGCUUUUUGGGAAUAAAUCGUCACCUAUUUUACAAAAGUCGGGGGACAUCAGUUGGCUUUUAAAGCACGAUUCUCGCGUUAUUGAACGCUGGAAUCAUUUGCUUUUGUUCCUGAACCGGAUUUAUCGUGGAGCUGAUGAUGUUUCGGAAUCUUCUGUUUUUGACAUGAUACCUAGUGGUCUAGCAUGGUUAUGUACAAACGCAAAAAUGAAUCUUCUAAUGUACGCAGACGGAAAUCCUGAACUUCCUUUCCCGAAAAGACAUGAAAUCGUGAAAAAGGAUCAUUCAUAUGGUCAUUUUGAGAUGUAUGCUGCAAUGUUUAGCAGUAUGCCUAAAGAUGAACUUUGUGAUCAGUAUACGCAACAUGUUCUCAAUCUUCGUAAAUUUGUCGAAACUUUUCAGAAACUUAAAAAUUCUCCACCCCAAAAUGUCCCAUUUUCAGGUGACUAUCACUCUCCACGGCUUUACAAAUAUUUGUUACGUUGUGCAACUGCUGUUAACUCAAAAUGUAAUAAUCAAAGAUCAAUUUCUCUUCCAAAUAAUGUAAAGCUCCGUGACUAUUACACUAGUCAAAAAAUAAAAUAA